AUGGCAGCCAUAUCCCUAUCACCGACUCCAAUUCCCCCUCCGGCCAUGUCCACUAGACGAACGCCUUUGUCUAGCAACCCCAAUGUGGCCAAUUCGCCCUUGAGAGCAGCCUCUGCUCUGGCCCAGGCCAAGCAGAAGCGAUCCCACGCCAAUAUUCAGAGAGAGGAGCUCUACGGUCAGCCACCACCUCUGAAGAAGCAGGUCAUCGAGAACACCGGGUCACGUCAACUACGAUCGCCUUCUAAGCUUACCAAGCCCUCACAACUACCACAGCGUGUGGCUCGCCCGAUUACGAAAGAACGGUCCACUCAUCACGAUGACGCCAAUGUCGAGAAGAUUCGCCAAUGGCAGGCCGAGUACAGGGGAAGGUUCCCCAAAAUGGUCUUCUACUUUGAGAGUAUCCCGGAAGACCAGAGGGCAAAGCUGUCUAGGCAUGCCAUGUCCCUUGGAGCGAGAGACGAACGCUUUUUUUCUAGUAGCAUCACGCAUGUUGUAACUGCCCGUCCGAUACCCGCACAGGAAGAAGUGCAGGCGUCUGCACAAGAAGAUCCUGAGCCGGAGGAACAGCCACAGACGAUCAAUCCAUCUCUUCUCGACCGCGGCACCGAUGCACGAAGACGCCUGUUGUUUGAAACCUCGAGAAGAAACCAAGCUCAACCGCAGGAUGAUGGAAUCAGGCGGGCACGAUCUACCAGGAGCAAUGACGUACUUCACAAAGCUCGCGACAUGGGCAAGAAGAUUUGGUCCGUCGAGAAAUUUCAGAGGAUGUUACAAUUCUUGCUGGAGCCUGACCCCCAUGUCGUGGCGGCAUAUGGCGCCAAGGGGGAGUCGUCGCGGAGUUUGAGCACUAAGAAAACGGUUGAUGAGCCGGGUCUAUUGCAAUUGCUGCAACACGAGCGGCUCAACGGCCCUUCUGAUGCUGUCACUAGCCGGGAGAUGAUCAACUUCAAAGGACCCUACAUUUAUGUGUACGACAUUGAUGAGAAGCAAAAGCCCAUCAUGGUACGGGAAUAUCCCAAGGUCAACAACAAAUACGAUGGCGAGUGGCCUCAAUUUAGGACUGUCACGGAUGGCCGCUGCCCUUUCGUCGAGGAACCGGAACCUGUUGAGCGGCCGAGUCGGAAACCUCAACCGCAACAGAAAGAGCAGAAAGAGCACAAGGAAACGAAAGACAGCGUCGUGAAGCCUGUAAUCGAAGAACGGGCGGCUCUUCAACCCCCUGAAGUCCCAGCACCCAAAGCUGUAAUUGGCAAGCGCACACUUGCAGAAAUGCAAGACGGACAGAACAAAGCUAAAGUGGCAAUGAAGCCAUUGGAGCUUUUCAACCCUCCGAAGGCCGUUGUAUCGAACCCUAUUGACUUCCGCUCUCAGAAUGCUUUCACUAGCCGGGCUGGAACUGGUCGUUUAUUUGCAGGCGAGCCCGUGGCUUCUGGGGUACAACCUUCCAAUGUUACGUCCGCCAUUCGCUCCCAGAUGAUUUCCUCUACUUCGGGUGUCAAUGGGGCCAAGGCUGGCACUAGCAAGGAAGUUCACGGACUUCAGCGAAAGGUGCUCCAAAGAGGUGCUCCAGCACCCCAGGAUACCAGUUCUCGGCGACUCACUGAGAUGAGCUUGGAUGCGACAUCUACCAGAUCUACGAGCGUUUCUAGAACAACAAGUCGGCGGAUGGAGCUCAUUGAGGAGGAUACAGAGAAGCAAACUUCCAAGCUCGUCCGAACCAGCUCCAAAACACAGGCACCACCUGCAAAAAGUAAACGUGAUCUCAAGCCCGGUUACUGUGAGAACUGCCAGGACAAAUUCAAGGAUUUUGACGAGCAUAUUCUCACGCGAAAGCAUCGCAAAUUCGCAGAAAAUGACGACAACUGGGUCGAACUGGACGACCUUCUUUGCCAACUGGGCCGUAUGCCCAAAGGUUUUGGUCGGAAGGCGUCAUAUGGUGACGAUGAGGUAGCGCAUGAAUGGACGUAG